AUGGGCGACGACAAGAUCCAGGAGAAAGGACCAUCAGAUGUGCCCAGCACUGCACAUCUGCUUCUCCCAGAGACAGACCUCAGCCAUGGCAUUGUCGGAUGGGAGGGGCAGUCAGACCCGCGGCAUCCCAGAAACUUCUCACCAGCGGCUAAAUGGAUUUUUAUGAGCCUUGUCAGUUGCAUGAUUGUUCUAAGCUUUUUGGCGUCCUCGAUUGUUGCGCCUGCCGCUCCCCACAUCGACACCGAGCUCCACAAUGAUUCGGAUAUAUUGUCCUCUCUGGUGACCACAAUCUAUGUGCUUGGGUUCAUGGUUGGCCCUCUUAUCUUGUCUCCUCUCAGCGAAGUCUACGGCCGUCUCGCAAUCAUCCACCCCGCAAAUGCAUUCUUCACCGCCACCCACAUCGGUGUCGCCCUCGCGCCGGGGAUUGGACGGCUUCUGGCUUUCAGAGCGCUGUCUGGGCUCGGAGCCUCUGCAUGUCUCUCCAUCGGUGGCGGGCUGACGGCCGAUCUGUUUGACAUACACGACCGCGGCCUCGCAACAGCCCUCCUGACUCUCGGAUCACUGUUCGGUCCGGUCUUUGGUCCCAUCUUCGGCGGAAUCAUCACGCAGCGGGCGGGGUGGAGAUGGAACUUCUGGGUCAUGGCCAUUGCCUGCGCCGCAGUCUCUUUGACCAUGGCCGUCUUCGCCCGAGAAACACAUGCCGAGGUCAUCAUCCGGCGCAAGACGCUGGGACUGCAGAAAAGCCUUCGCUCACCAGGCCUGCAAAGCGCUUACGAGGCCGGCAAGGGGAGGAAGGCGCCCAAGACUGCGAAAGCCCAACUCUCUCAGGGCCUCGUCCGCCCUUGGCAGAUGCUUUUGCGGUCGCCGCUUCUUCCCAUCACUUGCCUCCCAGUCGGCUUCAUCUCCGGCCUCCUGUACAUCCUUCUCACCACGACAUCUGAAUUCUUUCAAGAAGUCUACGGCUGGUCUCUCGAGGCUGCCGGACUUGCCUAUCUCGGGCUUGGAGGUGGCAGCGCCAUCGGUUUCGUUUUCUUUGCAACCACGUCCGACCUCAUCACCGUCCGACUUACAAAGAAGAACUCGAAUACUUACACACCCGAGAUGCGGCUCGUGACGUCGUUUCUCCCUGCCUUGUUCAUCCCCAUCAGUUUCUUCUGGUACGGGUGGUCAACGUAUGAAGGCAAUCACUGGAUUGUCCCCAUCCUGAGCCUUGCGCCCUUUGGCUUCGCCCAAUUCGGCAUGAACGCAAGCUUUCAGGCGUACAUGGUCGAUGCAUCUGGCGCGUAUGCCGCGUCAGCCAUGGCAUGUGUGUCCUCUGUCAGAUGUCUCUUUGGGGCUUUCGUACCGCUGGCUGGACCGAGCUUGUAUGCGAAUCUCGGGCUGAACUGGGGGAACUCUUUGCUGGGGUUUGUGAGCUUGGCCAUGGUCCCUCUGCCGGUGUUGAUGUAUCGUUUUGGGCAAAGAUUGAGAGAGAUUCAUCCUUUAGACACUCCUUGA